AGGCAGCCAGGCAAAAUGCAAUAUUGCGAUUUUAUAACACAAAUUGCUUAUAAUCACCCAAAAGCAACAACAACAACAACAACAACAGCAGCAGCAGCAGCAGGAGCAACUACCAUAGCAGCAGCAGCAGCAGCAGCAGCAGCAGCAGCUGGGCCUAGAGAUCACGUUCAAGGUGGAGCACAGCUGGUUGGCAGUCGCAAUAUGAGAUCGGCAGUGCUUGCACUGUUCUACGUUGGCUUGUGGCUCAGUUUGGGAGCUCAGGUGCUGGGCAAGCGCUAUAUGCGCUGCGAGCUGGCCAGGAAGCUGCUCGAGCAGCACAGCUUCGAGCGCAGCCUGCUCAGCAAUUGGAUAUGUCUGCUGGAGCAUGAGAGCGACUUGGACACAGCCAAGCUGACAACGAAUCCGAAUGGGUCGCGCAACUACGGCCUCUUCCAGAUCAAUGAACGCUACUGCCAGGAGAGUCGACGUGGCGGCGUUUGCAAUGUCAAGUGUGAAGACCUGCUCGACGAGAAUCUGCGUGAGUCCGCUGCCUGUGCGAAACGUAUUCUGGCUUCCGACGGAUUUCGCCAUUGGAAUGGCUGGCAACGCUUUUGCCGCAACAGCCAGAACCUGCCCAAUCUGAAGCUCAUAUGCGGCAUAUAACUCAUUCAAUUGCUCCCACACAGAGUCACUCUCUGCAGGAAUGGGCAUGUGCCUCAAAUUACAGUAGCGUGCGAAAUAAGCAGCUAGCUUCAAGGGAAUUAUGAAUUGUUAUGAGUGUAUACGAAAUGUGAUCCAAGAGUUUUUAAAAAUUA